CAGAACUAUCAUUACUGUCAAAAUAUCGGUAAACAGAACACGUCUCUUCGAUUUUUUUUGCGAUCAAUGAAUUGUUUUUGUUGUUAACGUAUGUUGGAGCUAGAUCACAAUUUUUAGUGCAGCAGAUUUUUUUUAUAAUUUGUUUGGGCAGUAAUACGAAACAUGUUAAAUAAUGUUGAAAUUGUGGAGUGAAUUCUGGGAAGAUACAAAGAUGGGUACAUCCGGACUGACUCUGGCAGAUUUGCCGAACAUAUUUAUUAUGAUCGGUGCUUUGGUGGCAUUGUUUGUGAUGCUCGUAAUACUGCUCAGGAACAUGGAGGUGAUAGGCAUAGUGGGCGAGGGUAGGGAAGACGCUUGGAGCAGAACAAUGCCACCCCCGCGGCUUUUGAUGCAAAGGGUACACAUACCGUUCACCUUCAAGAUCCAGGAAAACGCACCGAUUGGCUACAGUGGUGUGAACUGCUGUGUAUCUUCAACGGUGCGGUACUGGCAUGCCAGCUGGUGGGGAGCGCCAGUCAGAGAGCUGCAUAGAACUCUGUGGGGUUCCCUAGCGGACAUUCUCUCGUCAUCACAACUUAAGUUUACCAAAAGCGGUCCCCACGACGAGGGACCGAUGAGGUUGUCGACAGUGGAGCCUCUACAACUAGGUCCUCCGCCGAGAACCUGCUACCCUCUAGUGGUAAUUUUGGCGAGGGACCUUAAGGACAUUGGAGAGCUGAGGCCCGACGACACGGUGGCGCUAGUAAGCGUGGUUCACAUACGAGACGAACAGUGUCCGCUGCCGAGCGGCGUCAUCGCUCAGUACCUCAAGCAGGCCAAUGGUCAUCUCUCGUGUUUGAAGCAACUGUACGUGACGGGCGAGUGUGGUGAGGAGACAGAGGGCUACACGGAGGGCUCGGAGCACGGAGACGUGGCUCUGUGCUGCGUGUGCGCCGCCCAGCCUCUCUCCAGAGCGCUACUGCCGUGCAGACACGCCUGUCUCUGCGCAAGAUGUCUUCCAAAACUGGACAAGUGCCCGAUCUGUCGUAGCGCGAUCACCAGCUAUUUCUGCAUAAGAAACGAAGAGGAACCUCUCUCGGAACUGAAGCAGCAGCAGCGUUUCCCUUUCAACAGGAGGCUCUUCAAUCUGUUCCAUUACCACUAGACUGAGGCUACUAGGAUAACGAGUGAGGGCGAAAAGGAACGAAGAUAGUCGACUUAAACGUCUUUGAUGUUAGAAGAGCGCUGUGUGAAUAUUGAAUAAAUAGCAAAACGAGUGUUGGAACAAAAAAAAAAAAUGUUCAAGUGAUUUUUGUGAAUAAAAGACAUUACUAGUUAAUACGUAUAAUGUCUGUCGGCUGCGACCGCGAGCGUCACGUACCCUCCCGACUACGUGUUAGGAACUCGCGAGGUCGUCGACCCGGUGCGUCGAUGGAAUUUCAGACGAGUUCCAUUGCGUGCAGUUAAAAAAAAACUCCAUUUUUUUAUUUGUCGAUAUUUUUAGUGUCAUCGUUUUCAGAAACUCGUCAUAUCCCACAUACGGUGCUAUAAAGUCACUUAUGAAAUUUUUUUUGUAACACUGAACUGAGUAUGAGAAAAUACAUUUUUUUAGUUAUUAGUUAUAGUGAGACAAGAGAGAUUUUUGCUUUUACUGAUAAAGUUUUUAGUUUAAAUAUUAUCAUUUUAUUUCUACAGUCUAGCAGAACCUCUAUAUCGACGCUUGAAAGGCGAACGUGACUAAGCGACAAUAACUGCUUUGUACAUAAAUGUUAAGCAAUAACCAUAUUCAAUGCGCAAAAAAAUAUAUAUAUCUAGGUAUAUUAAAAUCAUUUCAAUCAUACAGCUAGAUUCGUUAAAAUAGAUUUUUUUCAGGUAUUUCUCAGGUAUAUUUUUAAUUAAUUUCAACUUUAAAUGAGUCUACUGUAAAUUUCACGAAUUGUCGCUUAGUCACUUUUGCCUUUCAAGCGUCGAUAAGAAUUAUAUAAUAAUAUGUUGAAUUUUCCAACGUUACUCCUGAAAAAUUACAUAAUUUGCAUAAGUGACGUUAUCGCACCGUAUGUGCGAUAUGUCUUCACCUUCGGAAGCGGUCACCCAUUACAGACUCAGGAUCCAGUAGAGGCUGAGCCUUGUAGCGAUAUAUGAUUCGAAAUAAACAAUACCUUUGACCUGUGUGCUUAGUGGGAGUUUUUUAACGUUCUCGAUAGCGUAAGAGUUAACUCAAAUUUGUGUAUGUCUCAAAGCCAGCAGCGUCAUUCACGUUGACGUGUGCACGGAGUUCGCUAACCGCUUAUCACGCAGACCGUGAUGACGUUCGUAAAUCUAAGAAAAAUACAUUUGAAACAAUUACUAGAUCUAAUGUGUCGCAUCCGACCUUUUGGUUGUAACGAUGACAAAAUUUACGCUCACGUCAUUUUUGUAGGGUAGGAGGUAAUCGGUCGUGUUGGCAUGGAGAAAAGUCAAUUAAAGUCAACUUGUUAUUUUAAGUGAGCUUAUCCAGUAAAGCAAAGACAAUCCUAAAGAUAUGGAGGCGAUUUCGACCAUCGAUAAUAUAUUGAAUGGCAAAUGAACCGGCCGGCAAUGGACAGCAAACAUGGAAACCAUUAGUCGCGUUCCGGUUUCAAGGUCGACUCGACAGUUUAAAAUGAAUAAAAGCAAUUAUUUCACGACAGUAAUAAUUGAAGACAUGAGUGGAUUAAGGGGUUAAGUAUCAUUUUUAAGAUUUUUUAGUUUUUAUAUUGAAUGAAGGUGUUAUGUGCUUAUAAACCAUAUUAGACCUUAAAACUCCGGGUUUAAAGGCUAAAUUGCAUGCGAUGAAGGAGUUGUUUACGAAGAAAAAGUACAAGUCACAAAAGUUUUUCACAAAAUUAACAAAUUGUAUCAUAUCACCUUCAUCCCACUCCUGUCUUUAAUUUACCUGUGUGACUGCAAUUUUUUUUUAAUUUCUUAUAAAGCAUUCUGAGGCCUAAUUGUUACUAUUAUUUGUGUAGUUUAAAAAUAGGGAACCGCACCGCACUCGGGUUUUUAAUUUGUCGCGUAAACUACAAAACUCGACGGAACGAAAUUUGCGCGUGACGUCAUUUGGGGUUAAAUUGCUACGUGCUAUAGACGACAAUUAGACGCGUAUGUAUCGUCGCUUAGCUAAAAAUGCGACAUAAUUAAAACUACUUUUACGGUUAAGCACUAGAGCGCGUCGAUAGAUCGACUCUAUUGAUGUGUACAAACCGCGAAGCGUCGGAAUACCGACUAUUGCGCAGUUUGAUUAUAGAUCUGUAUUAGGUAUCGACCUGUACGGACGUGUCUUAGCGUGUGCAUGUCUAACGUUUUUAAUAAAUUAAUAAAAUUUAUAAAUUACCGUUUAAAAUUGCUGUUUAUAAAAUACAUUUUUUUUUAUUCCUUUAGCAAUUUCUUACUAUACUAAAAUAUAUGAAAAUAAACUCAGCACUAAAAGGGUUAAUGUCUUGAUAUAUUUUUUUUAUAUAUAAAAAAAAACAGACGGUAGUUAGAACAAAAUUGUAAUGUCGCGACGAACAAACACCUGAUAAAGUAUUCAAUAUGCAACAUUAAUCGCGAUAUUAAACCUUAAAAGUACUUUUAAUUACGUCCACAAUUCGCAAAAACCAAAGGAUAACAAAUACUAUAAUAGACCAUCAAGUUAACUAUUGACAUUGAAGAUUCUUUAUCAGCACAUCAAAAAACUAUUUGCGUUAGCUGAGCGAUAGUACAUCGCGCGUUCUUAUCGACAUUUGGCUCGACGUGAAAGAAAUUCUAAAUAAAAAAAUCCUAGUAGAUACAUUUAAUUUUAUCACAAAUUACACACAAUACACACGAGGGGCAGUGAUCGUAUAUAAACAUUGAGCUAAAAUUCCUGGCGACUAAUUUUUAGUUCGUUCUGUGACCGACCGUCUUGUCUGGUUGCCGGUUAUUUAAUUGUAGUUGAUAAAUUAGCGAAUAUACAUGUAGUUUUUCGUUUACCGACCCUAAUAUAAUGUAGUUUUCGGUUCAUUAUCGUGUGAUUCGCGAUGCGAGACCCGAACUGUAUAUAAGAGAUGACUACACGUGACAGAAGUGCAACUUCUUUGAGCCGCCACGUGAGAGGGAGAGAGCUGUUUUCCGUCCUUUACGCGACAGAAGUUCGCCUUCGUGAUUUUUACCCCCUCACGUUCUCGCCCAAAGAGGCUUCACUGCGAAACAAAAAUAAAAUGUGUGGGUGCAAAUAAUAAUUAUGAUAUGAGACUGUGAUAAAUGUGAAGCUUUGUAAAUACGCCAGUUAAUGUAAAUGGAUAUAAAAUAUAUAGUAUUCAUAUUAA